GGGAAAGUUCUAAAAUUACGGAGAAGGCUCCAGGUGUCGGCUUCCUUCGUUCCCUUCCCCCAAACAGUUGGAGCCUCCCCGGAGACGACCACCCGGCAGAACAACAUGACUAUUUGAAGUUCUGCCUUUUCUCCCAUUUGAGAUGGCUCAGGAUACACUAGACCUUCCUUUGAACUUUAAGUUUUGGCUGAAUAAGGCUGUUGCGUGGGACCAGGCCACUACUUUGGAAUCCCAGCAAGAUGUCUGCCUUCACCUGCCUCAAUUACAGAAGUUCCUGCAGCAGAUUUAUGAAACCUUGAAACAUAUGGAUUUUCCUAUGGCUAUUCAGAGAUUUCCCUUAAUUGGUCAGUUGCUGGGAAGGCUUUGCUGGAAUCCUUUCGUCAUAGGAUAUGAUGAAAACCAGAAAAUUCUAAUGUGGUGCUUAUGUUGUCUCUACUGCAGCGAACCACAGAACCCUGUAGAGUUGGAAGCCAACAUUUGGAUAAGGAGUUUAUUAUGCCAUCUGCUUUCAUCAUCCAAACUUGGACUUAAUGAAGUUGGAACUAUUAGUCAAGCUCUUGGGUAUACGUCUCCAGAUUAUUAUCCUAAAUUGCUAAAAAAUAUGGUCUUAUCAUUAGUGACUGAACUCAGAGUGAAUCAUCUUAAUGGAUUUAGCAUUCAAAAAAUAAUUCCAGACAGACAAAUAAAGGCCAUGUCCCUGCUUUGUGUCCCACUCCUCACUUUGCCAGAUAUCUUGCCUCUGCUGGAGGCUUUGCUUACCUACCAUGGAGAUGAGCCCAAGGAAAUCCUGUGUUCUGAGUUUUUGGAAGGUGUAAAUGAAGCCUUUUUGCAGAAGAAGAUUGUCCUUUCUGAAUCAGCUGUACUCUCCCUAUGGCUUCGUCACCUUCCCAGCUUGGAAAAAGCAACACUGCAUCUUUUUGAAAAUUUAAUCUCCAGGCACAGAAAUUUUCCACAGGAGAUGGAAUGCUUUAUAAAAGAUUCAUUACUGCCUCACGUAGCCUGCCAUCCCAGCAUAUUCAGAAUUGUUGAUGAAAUUUUUCGGAACGCACUACUGGAAACCAAUGGAACAUCAGAAGUAUUGACCAUUAUACAAAUAUUUACACGAUGCUUUGCUCAAGCCUUCCAGAAAGAUAAUGAACAGCUGAAAUUUCCACUUAAAUCCUACUUUCCUUAUGCCUCUUCAUCUCUUAUUAUGGUAUUACUUCAAAACCCAAAAGAUUUGCCUCCUGGACUUUGGUGUCAGCACUUGAAUUACAUUUCGGAAAUACUCCAAAAAAUAGUUGAAGACCAGAGUAUUCAAUCCUGUGGAAAUCUCUUUGAGCACUGGUUUUUAUUUAUUCAUUUUGGAGAAUGGGCCGAUAUUGCUGCUGAGGAAUUACUGAUGUUGAGAGCCGAAUCCCCUGCAGCCUUGCUGUGGCUCUUGGCUUUCUACUAUAACUCAUGUGAUCGAAAUCAAGAGAGGACUCAGACAAUGGUAGACGCAAGAGAAGCGCAUGGGUCCAUCAUGAAACUUUUCAGUAGAACUCCCCUCUCAGUGAAAGAUCUGCAGGCUGUGGCUGGUGAGAGCAGUGAGGCAGAUACAAGACAUCCUUAUAUUCAACGAUUAACCAGGCACCUCCUUCUAAAUUUCCUGCUCUUGUCUCCUGAAGGACAUAAGAUUGCCCAAGAAUUCAUUACAACUCAAACUGAUGAAAUAGCCAAUGAGUUUUUGAAUCUCAUAGCUCAUACAACAUACAGAUGGAGUCGUCUUGGCAUUGAAACCCUCAGGCCAGGAAAAUUGGCAAGAGACCUCCUUCAAGAACUACAGUGUUACAGAACAAAAAGUGUAUUGUUGUAAUAAUCUUAUCACUAUUGCCAUCACUUUUUAUAUGUCAGUGUUUCCUCCAUGUUUAUGAUACUAGUAAAAGGAGUUAAGGUUCAUAAAGAGUUAUGAGUCUAGAAAAUCAAUCAGUCAGCCAGUAUUUAUGAAGCACCUACUGUGUGCCAGGCACUGUGGAUACAAGUAUACAAGUCUAAAAGCUGUCCUUUCUCCCAUGUAGCCUAGACUCUACAGGGGUGGGGGAACAAGUUAAGGUGUGUGUGUAUGUGCAUGUAAUACAAAGAGAAUAAAUAAAAAUCUACACAAGGUAGUUAAGACAAGGUAGUUUGGGAGGGAGGAUACCCCAAGUGUUAAAGAGUUAAAGAGAUCAGGAAGGGCUUCAUGUAGAAGGUGGUGCUUGAACUAUGUCCCAAAGGAAGAGCAGGGCUCCAUGGAGCAGUCUAGGCCCACUAGACAGUCAGAACAGAGGCAUGGAGAUGGAAUGAGAGGCAUGGGGAACAGAGAAAAGGCCAAUCCAGUUAUGACACAGAGGUCUAAUGAGGCUGGAAAUACAGGUUUGGGCCAACUUGGUAGGACUUUAAAAGCCAAAGGGAAGAAUUUACAGUUUAUGAACUAAAAAAAAUUUUUUUUCUGUUAGAGGGGAGGGAUGUCAAAUUGUUAAAUGUAAGAGAUAAUUGUGAAAACAGCAGUAAGAUUUGGCAAUUGAUAUGUGGAGUAAGGUGGAGUGAAGAGUCCAGGAUAAUACCAAGAUUAAGGGGAAAGGGAAUGAGUUCAGUUUUGUACAUGUUUCUGGGAUAUCCCAUUAUUGAAGCUCAAGAAAGAGUCUUGAGGCUGGAUAGAGAAGUAGAGAUAACCAUGCACACACAGUGUUGAAUCAUUUACGUAGAGGUGAUAGUUAAGUAUAUGAGAGGUGAUAAAGCUACCAAGAGAAAGAUUAUACAGAGAAAAGAAGAGUGCCUAAGACAAAACCCUAGAGAAUUCUCUUAGUUAAGGGACAUGAGGUGUAUGAUUAGCCAGCAGCAGAGAAUAAUGAAUGAUCAGGCAGGUAGGAGAAGAAUUAUGAAAAAUUAACGUAACAAAAAACCAGAGAGGAGAGAGUGUCCAAUAUGACACAGCUGUCAUUUGUGUCAAAUGCAACAAAUAAGUUGAGAAGGAUAAGGAAUGAAAAAAUAUCAGACUUGGCAAUUAAAAGUUAAAAGAAUAGUGCUUAAAAAAAUUAGGAAAAGAAGGGGGUCCUACCAUAUUCCUUCUAUGAUUCAAAUAUAGUCUUGAUACCUAAACCAGGGAGAUUCAAAAUAAAGAAAGAAGACCCUAAUGCAUAUCCAAUCAAUCCAUAAAUAUUUGUUAAUCACCUACUGUGUGUCAGGCACUGUGCUAAGUGCUAGGAUACAAAAAGAGGCAAA